AUGAAUCAACAGGUUUAUCAACAAAUGCAACUGGUUGGCCAAUUUUCUUCAAAUAUGAUGAUUAUCGAAGAAGUUUCUUCAACGGAGAUGAUCAAUUCACCGUUGAUGAUACCCGAAUGUCUUGCUAGAAUCUUCGAAUAUCUCAGGGGAGAACGAAGUUCAUUACAUUCUUGUCUUUUAGUGAAUAGAUCGUGGUGCAGGAUUGUUGUACCAAUUUUAUGGAGGGAACCUUUUAAACUGUUAAAAGAUAAAGCUGAUGCUAGUCUUUUACGAACAUAUUUUUCGUGUAUAGAAGACCAGGAUCAACUACAAUCGAUGCAAGAUUGGAUGACAUAUCCCAGAGAGGUUCCGCUGCCACAACGUGCAACGUUCGAUUACCCAAUUUUUUUACGACAUUUGUGUUGUAAAACCAUGUUUGAAACGAUAGAAAAUUGGCUUUUGGCAACAGCAUCGGCGGAUGUUCAGAAACAUUAUAGAGAUAUUUGCGUACAAUUAAUUGCAAGUAGUUUCCUUCAAUUAUUAAUGAAUAGAUGCCCUAUCCUUGAAACUUUGAUACUUUGGUCCGGAGUUUCCAAUAAUAUCCCUAUCACGGGAUCCUUAUCGGGAACAAACACUUGUUUAUCUCGUAUAGUUUCAUUGCAAGUUGAAGGGAAUUAUCAUGAUAUAGAUUUAUGGUCAAUAUCUCAAAGAUGUCAUAGUCUGAAACAACUUACCAUUGACGUGGAAAUUUCGGUAAAUUCCAUGAACAUGUUACAUAAUUUAGUGUACGUUCAACGCGAACUUGAACACUUUAGGUUGGUUUUUAGACCAGAAGACAAGGUAUUCACAAACAAAGUUCAACCAGAACUCUUAACAGCACUGGCUAAUUACCCUAAUCAUCUAAAUACAAUAGAAUUUAAUCGAUGUAAUUUCAUUGAUUGUCCUUCCUUAGAGGCUUUAUCUGAAUGCAAAAAUAUUCGACAUUUAGUAUUAUGGAAAUGCGUUGGAUUAGGACCGGGAAAGAUGUACAGUUUAUAUAAAGUAAAUUUUGGACAACUUCAGAGAUUGGAAAUUUAUGUGCAUCCAGGAGUGGCCGCUGAUAUGGUAAUUAAAAUGAUAAGAGAUUCUAAUAAUCAAUUACAAAGUUUACGAUUAGCAGGAAUAACUCCUCAAUCUGAAUUGCCUUCAGUACUUUCCGUCAUGACAAGGCAUUGUCAAAAUCUCACAGAUUGUCGCUUGGUUUUAAAGGAUGGUGAUAAUAAUGCAUUUAAUGCAUUACUGACUUUCUUGGGUGUCUCGUUAAAAUUAGAAAUAUUAUAUAUUACAUUUACUGACAGAGUGCAUCCUAUAUGUAAUUAUGAGGAUAUUGCUAAACAUCUACCAACUGGACUCAGAGAAUUGGUAUUUAGAGAUUUUUUAUUUUCGCCAGCUAGUUUGGCGAAUUUUUUGGAAAAUAUGGCACCAACCUAUCAUUCUCUUAGCUUUUCAAAAAGACAUUUUGAUCAACAACAUAUUGAUGUAAUUUUCAGAUAUGUGAAAAAUAGAAGUAAUCUAUUUCGUUUAAUGAGGCAUCCUAGGUAUAUGAGUAUAAAGGCGAGAUCAGAACUCUAG